CGGACGACUUGAGGAGUUGCCAUUAUGAGUUCGUUAAAAUUGCAGAAAAGGCUAGCCGCCUCCGUUAUGAGAUGUGGCAAAAAAAAAGUUUGGUUGGACCCUAACGAAAUUAAUGAAAUUGCCAACACCAACUCACGCCAAAAUAUUCGCAAGUUGAUCAAAGAUGGUUUGAUCAUCAAAAAACCUGUGGCAGUUCAUUCGAGAGCGCGAGUACGUAAAAAUACUGAGGCCAGGCGUAAAGGUCGUCACUGUGGUUUUGGUAAGAGGAAAGGUACUGCCAAUGCCCGUACUCCACAAAAAGAUUUGUGGAUUCAGCGUAUGAGAGUACUUCGUCGCUUACUCAAAAAAUACAGAGAGACGAAAAAGAUAGACAGACAUCUCUACCACGCAUUAUACAUGAAAGCGAAAGGUAAUGUUUUCAAGAAUAAAAGAGUCCUUAUGGAAUUUAUCCAUAAGAAGAAGGCUGAAAAAGCUAGAUCAGAAAUGUUGUCUGAUCAAGCUGAGGCUCGAAGAACGAAAGUCCGAGAAGCACGGAAGCGUCGGGCAGAGCGUAUCGCCUCGAAGAAACAAGAACUUUUGCAAUCGUAUCAGCGUGAAGAUGAAGCUGCUGCAGCACAAAAAAAGUAAUAUAAGAUAAAUUAAUUUUUACUGUAUAAAAUAAAUAAAAACAAACCUAGAAA